UCUAGCCUGUUCUGCAGCCGGUUGAGGUUCGUUCAGGUUCAGUUGCAGGGUUCUACUAGCUUGGCUUCUUGCUGCCAGUGGCAAGGAUGCACCGAUUCAGUUGCCAAUUGCCAGUUGGCCAGAAAAGUUCGUUACAGAAAUGAGAUACAUUUGCUUACUGUCAUUGCUGGGCCUCACCCUAGCCACGCCCAGUCUACGCAGCGCCUCAGAGCCAGCCAAGAUUCUGGAGUCUCUAAGCAAUUUGCGCCAGAACAGCUUCCUUGACUGGAUCGUGUCCAUUAUAGGCCCAGAGUACGCAGCCACUAGUGUGCCCGCCAAGCGGGAGUGUCCAGCCUGUGCUUGCGGCAAUAUCAACACGCGUCAUCGCAUCGUUGGGGGCCAGGAGACAGAAGUGCACGAAUAUCCCUGGAUGGCCAUGCUCAUGUGGUUUGGCAGCUUCUAUUGUGGUGCCUCUCUGGUUAACGACCAGUACGCCGUGACGGCGGCACAUUGCGUCAAUGGCUUUUACCAUCGCCUGAUCACUGUGCGCCUCUUAGAGCACAAUCGCCAGGACAGCAACGUGAAAAUUGUGGACAGGCGUGUGGCUCGCGUCCUUGUGCACCCCAGCUAUAGCAUACAGAACUUCGACAGCGACAUUGCCCUGGUUCGCUUCAAUGAGCCAGUGCGUCUUGGUAUUGACAUGCAUCCCGUUUGCCUGCCGACGCCCACGGAAACGUUUGCUGGCCAAACAGCCGUGGUAACGGGUUGGGGUGCGCUCAGUGAGGGUGGACCCAUUUCCGAUACUCUGCAGGAGGUGGAAGUACCUAUACUGUCACAGCAAGAGUGCCGCGACACCAACUAUGGAACAGCCAAGAUAACUGACAACAUGAUUUGUGCCGGUUACGUGGAGCAGGGCGGCAAGGACUCCUGCCAGGGCGACAGCGGUGGACCCAUGCAUGUCAUUGGCGCUAGGCAAACCUAUCAACUGGCGGGCAUUGUAUCAUGGGGCGAGGGCUGCGCCAAGCCGCGAUCACCCGGAGUUUACACGCGCGUAAGCAACUUUAACGAGUGGAUUGAAGCAAACACUCGCGAUUCAUGCGCCUGCAGCCAGGCUGAGGAGGCUGCUACGCCUGAAGCUGUCAACAGCACUACACAGCAACCAGAGAUGGCCACAGCUGAGACCAGUCAGGGUCCAGAAGUGCCUGAGGCCGAUGUUCUUGCUUAAAAUUUGAUUUAUAAGAAAAUUUAUUUCAAAUAAAGGCAACGCCCUCAAUAUGUUUGAUAACCUUC